AAUUAUAUGUAUGUAUAUAUGUUCAGCAAGAAAGAGUUUUCGUGUAAAAAUUAUCUAAAUUGAAAAAGCUUAUCAUAAAACCCAGAGAACUCAACAAUAAGCACUUUUCUUUACUAUAGUACAACACAUCUUGUUAAACUAAUUAAAUUAUUAAUAUAAAUCUACCCUCGUACACUAUCUCUAAAAUUCCCCUUCAAAGACGAGGACGCAUGUGACUCAGAGUCUGAAAUGAAAAGUUGCUGUGGAAAAUGCUUUCUUUUUAAACCGCACAUACCUAAACGAAACUGUGUCAGCUAAGCUUUCUUAGCUAGUUUUCCAAGUUUCUUCAAAGAAGUGGAGCAAAUUCAAGUUGUAUGUAUGUUCUAACCGCCUACGCCUAUCUCCGAAUCACCGAAGUGGGCGCGUCUCAAAAAAUUUCCCUACAGGGCACGCACAACUACUAAGUAUUUAUUAUUAGAAGUUUAUGUCUACAAUGGAAUAGAAAAAAUCCCACCUGUUCAAAUUUGCUGAGGUGUGGUUCCAUAAUGAAGUAAACAAUUUACGAAUAAUUUUCGCUUAUCAGUCUAAAUACUUUGGUGACAUUCCCACAAGUGAGCACAGUCUACUUCCUGAGGUGACAAUAGACGGAGCACUUUCUCGAAAUGCGCAGUUUCCUUAAUUUAAUUGUGUUUUUAAUUUGCUGCGACAAAUUGAAUGCCGAUGGCGGCUACAUCGGCUUUGGUCCACAAUUCAAAGCCACCACGGGCGAGAUUUGGCCCAAACCCUACAAGCAAGUGGAGAGUAACAAGUAUUAUGCGGUGAAUGCUUCGGAUUUUCAAUUUAUCGCGGUGCAUGAGAAUUGUGCGCUCCUGCAGAGCGCCUUCAAACGUUAUGCCAACAUUAUUGUCGCUGCGGCGAAGGGCUAUAAUCGUGCGCCGGCCACCGCCACCAGCGGUGUCAUCCAGCAAUUCCGCGUCAAUCUGACACAGCCCUGCGAAGACCUGCCACAUCUCGACAUGGAUGAGUCAUAUUACGUGCGCGGCGAUGGUGUCGUCAGAGCCAACUCCAUUUGGGGCAUACUGCGUGGUCUGGAGACACUCGCCCAACUGUUGGUGCCAAUGCCGAAUGGGCUGCUACUUACGCGCAGCACAGAAAUUUACGAUCAGCCGCGCUUCAAGUACCGUGGCCUAAUGUUGGAUUCGGCAAGACAUUUUGUGAGCAAGGCGAAAAUAUUGCAGCUCAUCGAGGGGAUGGCCUACAACAAACUCAAUGUCUUCCACUGGCACAUGACGGAUGACUCAGCGUUCCCGUACAGCUCAAGCACUUUUCCAGAGCUGUCAGCCAAGGGCGCUUAUCGGCCGGAACUGACCUAUUCCAAGGCCGAUGUGAAGGAGGUGGUGGAGUUUGCACGCGAGCGAGGCAUACGGGUUGUAUCGGAAUUGGAUACGCCGGCUCACACCGCUUCAUGGGCGGCGUCACAUCCCGAACUGCUAACGAAAUGUGCAGGACAGUUCCUAGGACAAUUGGGACCGCUGAAUCCAACAAAAGAAUCAACUUUUAACUUUCUCUAUAAACUAUUCAGCGAAAUCAAAACUCUCUUCCCCGACAAAUACCUACACCUGGGCCUCGAUGAAGUGGAUUCGGCUUGUUGGGAGUCGAACGCCGACAUACAGGCCUAUCUGCAGGCGCAUGGGUUGGACAAUGGCGACUUAUCAUAUUUGUAUUUGGAGCGCUUCUCAGCGAACAUCUCCGCAAUGGGUUGGAAGCAGAUGGUGUGGCAGGAGGGCAUGACUGAAAACUCUUAUAUGGAGUGGCCUCUAGGCACAAUCGCGCAAAUAUGGUUCGAUUACAAGAACGUGGCGGCUACUCUCACGAAGCUGGGUCACGAUAUAAUCAUGAGUGAUGGUUGGUAUUUGUAUGUGCUGGCCACUGGCGGCGAUUGGGAAAAGUUCUACAACCUCGAGCCGACUAAAUUCAAUGGCAAUAAAGCACAAAAAUCACAUGUAAUCGGCGGCGAAGCUUGCUUGUGGAGCGAGUGGAUCAAUGAGCAUAAUGUGCUGCCGACAACAUUUCCGCGUGUGAGCGCGGUAGCCGAGCGCUUGUGGUCGCCCCUGGAGCAGUUGGAUGCUGAGAAAGCGCGCUUGCGUUUGGAGGAGCACAACUGCCGCAUGAUCGGGCGAGGUAUUGAGGCGCGACCAGCUAAUGGUUUCGGUAUGUGCUAGAGGCGAGUACAGUGGACCCGUUGGAGGGGAUAUAUCAAAUAAAGCUGAAUAAAUUUAA